CCUCGGGAAGUGUAAAGCCUUCGCUGCACUUGCCUGUUUGGGAGCUGACCCAGCGUGCAGACGCCCCGUCGCCAUGGAGCUGCGGGCUUAUAAGACCGCCAAUCUCUGUCCCGACCUGGCUUUCGUUCUCUUGAGAUCCUCCCCUAUUGCUUUCUCUCCAUCUUUUCUUUCUCCCCACCACACACUGACGGCUCUUCGUUUGUCACCGUCAACAUGUGGACGACCACCACCGGCUUGAGUGGUCGGGCGCUCCGGGUGAGCAUUACCUUCACCGCUGUUAUGGGUUUCUCGCUCUUCGGUUACAACCAGGGCAUGAUGGCUGGCCUCCUCAACGGCGAAAAAUUUGUCGAAACCUUUCCUCUUCUCAACAAGCCCGAAAAUGCGUCUCCGUCGGAAAGUCACUACGUCGAAGUCAUCCGCGGUGCUGUCACCUCCUGCUAUGAGCUUGGCUGUUUCUUUGGCGCCUUGUUCUCCAUGUUCUUCGGCGAAUACCUCGGCCGCACUCGUCUGAUCUUUAUGGGUGCCAGCAUCCUGAUCAUUGGUGCUUUGAUUACAACGGUCUGCUUUACUGGUAGCUGGGAAAUCGGUCAGUUCGUCAUCGGCCGUGUUGUCUCGGGUAUUGGAAAUGGAUUGAACACGGCUACCAUUCCGGUCUGGCAAUCGGAAUGUUCCGGUGCUCACAAUCGUGGUUUCCUGGUCUGUUUCGAAGGUGCGAUGAUUGCUGGUGGCACCUUUAUUGCCUACUGGGUUGUCUUUGGUAUCUCGCAUGCCGAGGAUACUGUCCAGUGGCGAUUCCCUGUGGCACUCCAGAUCUUUUUCGCCCUGAUCGUGGCCGCCGGCGCUUUAUUGCUUCCGGAUUCCCCGUCGUGGUUUGUCAACAGAGGCUACGACAAGGAGGCCUGCGAAGUUCUUGCUAAGCUUAACAACACCACUCCUGAUGAUGAUAAAGUGCUUCACGACUUCAACUUCCUCAAGGCGGAUGUGGAAUCCUCCAGGGCAGCACAGGCCAGCUGGAAGACAGUGUUCACAUUCGGCAAGACCCAGGAGUUCCAGCGUCUUAUGAUCGGUUGCUCUGGCCAGUUCUUCCAGCAGUUCACCGGCUGUAAUGCCGCUAUCUACUACUCGACGCUGCUUUUCGAAGAGAACCUGAAUAUGGACAAAUAUAUCGCUCUGAUCAUGGGUGGUAUAUUCGCUACCGUAUACGCCCUUGCAACCAUCCCAUCCUUCUUCAUGAUUGAAAGAGUUGGCCGUCGCAACCUAUAUUUGAUUGGUUUCAUGGGCCAGGGUCUUUCCUUCAUUAUUACAAUGGCUUGCUUGACCCAGGGGGACAAUGAGGAGGCCGCCAAGGGUGCUGCCGUUGGUAUCUUCCUCUUUAUCGUCUUCUUUGCAUUCACGCUCCUCCCCCUGCCCUGGAUCUACCCACCUGAGAUCAACCCCCUGCGUACCCGUACCAUUGGUGCUUCGGCGUCGACCUGCACUAACUGGGUAUGCAACUUUGCCGUGGUCAUGUUCACGCCUCUUUUCUCUGCCCAAAGUCCAUGGGGUGUUUAUCUCUUCUUCGCACUGUUCAACUUCAUCGGUUUUGUCUUCGGCUUCUUCUUCUAUGUCGAGACCGCCGGUCGUGAGCUUGAGGAGGUCGAUAUCAUCUAUGCCAAAGCCCAUGUCGAAGGGAAGAUGGCGUGGAGAGUCGCCAACGACCUGCCCAAGCUCACUAUGGAACAGAUCACUGAACAGUCUCGCGCGCUGGGCUUGAAUAUGACCGACCACGGUUCGGCUGAGAAGAACGAGCUUGGCCUCAGCGGCAGCGACAACGGCCAGGAGGUCGAGACGGUGCAGGAUAAAUAGUGGCGCUCUUUUAGACGUUGCUGUGUCUGGUGGAAGGUGAUGGUAAUAUCUGAUAUCUGGAACUGAAUGUUUUCUAAUGUCUUCUUUAACGUUCUGUUCAUAUUUUCUUUCUUUUGUGGAUAUGUCAAUAUUUCGGUGAUAGACCGAUGGCAGUGCUUCCGGCCUGUAUAAAUACCCAAGGCACUCUGUAUUUAGAGUAUACCAUUUAGAUGGUUGUUGAAUCAAUCAUGUUUGCUCUACAGUUUAUGUUUACAAUCUAUUUAAUUAUCUAUCUAUUAUAUCCUCUUCUCUCUUAAUACUCUAUGUCAUGUUUAUCAGUCGGUGGUCCAUUUGGAUCGAUGGUCAUGAUCAUCGGCUGAUCUCACCUCUAAACUAGAGCCAAAGCCAAUGCUAUCUUAACCUGCACGAACUGGUUAUUCAACUUCCUGGCUGUCA